AUUCAGUCUUUGGUGUGGUGUUUAUUCCUUGGCUGGAUUGUAGCGCAGCCCAUGCAAUCGAACAUCACUUCCGAUCUGAAGUUCUUGUUUCGCGGAUAUCCUUUCCCGCGUUCUGCAGAUCUUGUUCAGCGUGCUCAAGAACAAGUAUGGAUACCGACAAAAGCUAAUGCCCCUCAGCUGUGCAGUGUGUCCAACCAGUUCCUCUGUCUAGACAAUCGGUGCGUCUCUGAAUACUGGAUGUGUGAUGCCACUGACGAAUCUCUUCCUAAAUUAGGCGCAGAGGACGCGGCACCCUGGAAGAAGCGGAGGCUCGUGUUCCACGUCAUCGUGGGAAUGGGUGGAAUAUUUCUUGUGAUUUUGCUGUUCUUAACCUGCCUCUGUUCCUUCGACGACGAAACCCUCUACAGACUAAGUCAAAGAGAAUCUUUCUCCACUAAACGAAACACUGUUGUUCACAAGAAAUCAAAAAGCGGUGUAGAGUCCUCGCCCCUUCUCUCCGCCUCCACAAACUCCAGGAUGCAGGAGACUGUGUGAUUGCUCAAAUUAUUGUCGAAACUUUCCGGAAAAUGUUAAUAAAGCUUCCCUCUGUUGCU